AUGGCGACCUCGUCCGCGCACACUACCCCCACUGUAGGAAUCCUGUCCAUCGGGGACAUGGGCAUGGGGGUUGCCCGGCUGCUCCGCCAUCACGAUCAUACGGUCUAUACGGUGGCUCAGGGCAGAAGGCAAGUUCCUUCAGAUCUCCGUCCCGAUGACAUUGAACUCUUUGCUGAGCGGUUGCCUUCAAGCCAGCAUACCCUUGACCGCAUCGAGUCCUCGCAGAUCACCACCUUGGAGUCGGAUGAACAACUCGUGGCGGAGGCGGACAUCAUCCUGAGCAUCGUGCCUCCUCGCGACGCCGUAGCCACGGCUCGACGGGCGCUGGAGGCCUGCCGCUCGCAGACGGCCAUCAAGAGGCGCAGCGAACGACGAGGCACGGCAGCCGUGUCGCAGGCCCCAAGUCUCACGUACAUCGACUUGAACGCCAUCAGUCCCAAAACCGCCCGGUCCAUCGCCGCCAUGUUCGCAACGCCGAUGUCUCCUGCAUCGCCCCGAAAACUGUCCAUCUCACGCACCUUCUCGUUCAGCCCGAGGAGGGAAUCUGAACCAGAGUUGGAUCCCAUUUCGGUUGACUUCCUCGACGGCGGCAUCAUCGGGGGGCCUCCCUCCCUUAAACAGGACAACCAGACCUGGAAAAAACCGUCAGUCGUCAUUUCCGGGCCCAAGCACGCCGAACUCCUGACUCCCGCGUUCAUCGAUCUGUUGAACAUGAGAAUUCUCGGCCCCAAGAUCGGCACGGCCUCGGCCUUGAAGUCCUGCUUCGCCUCCCUGACCAAGGGCAUGACGGCGCUGUCCAUCUUGUCAUUCACCACCGCCCACACGUGCGGCGUGCUCAAGGAACUCCAGGCCCACCUACAAGAGUUCAGCCCGCAACUGCUGGCGGCCGCUCAGGGAGGCUUGGUGAGCAUGCCGCCCAAGGCGUACCGCUGGGUGGAAGAAAUGCGCCAGAUUAAUGAGACUUUCGCCGAGGAGGGCGGAUUCACCAACGCCGUUCUGUCCUCCAACGCGCCCGGCAACGGCAACGGUAACGAGCAUGACCAUCAACAUAAAUCCCCCAACAGUGUGGUCAUCGCCACCAGCAACGGAAAGCACGUGUCCGGCGUGUUUGAAGGCAUCGCCGAGGUGUACAACCUGGUCGCCAACGACACGAUCCUCGGCGAAGAACGAGUCGAGCGUCGCAAAAGAGGCACCAACCCGGAAGACGUGGCCGAGUGCAUGAGGGAUGGCAUUGCGAGGAAGAAAAGAAAGUUGGCAGGCGAGGAGUCAGAGCUGGAGGCCGCCUGGAGGGGGAGUUGGGGUGCCUAA